AUGGAAUCUAUUCAUAUCUCGUUGAUUUCAGGCUCACAAUCAACCACAUUUACUUUCAAAAACAACUGUCCAUACCCCGUCUGGCCAGGCGUAUUGACCGGUCAGGGUUCAGCUCCUUCGACGGGGUUCGAGCUUGUAAGCAGAGCAUCAUCAUCCAUCGUUAUCUCAGCUCCAUGGUCUGGGAGGUUCUGGGGUCGAACAUUCUGUUCCACAAACAGCGGGAGCUUCAAGUGUCUAACCGGAGACUGUGGCUCCGGCCAAGUUGCAUGCAAUGGAGCGGGAGCAAUUCCACCGGCCAGCCUAGUGGAACUAACGCUAGCAACAAACGGAGGGAAGGAUUUCUACGACAUUAGCCUCGUAGAUGGCUACAACUUGCCCGUCUCCAUCGCCCCACAGGGCGGGUCAGAUUGCAGUGCGGUGAGCUGCCCAGCUAACAUUAACUCAGUCUGCCCCUCGGAGUUGAGCUUUACGGCACCAGACGGCCAAGUAAUUGGUUGUAGGAGCGCUUGCGAUAAAUUCAAAGAUCCAAAGUACUGUUGCACCGGCUCGUAUGGCUCACCGUCGACUUGCCCUCCGACGAACUAUUCCAUGUUCUUCAAGAACCAGUGUCCUCAAGCUUAUAGCUACGCCUAUGAUGACAAAACAAGCACAUUCACAUGCACCGGUUCCAACUACCUCAUCACCUUCUGUCCUUGA